CUCCGGUCAAUGGUCGAGAUUAAAUUCUCUCUUUAAAACCUGCCUUCCCUCUCUCUCUCUCUCUCUUUGUGUCGAAGGGUUCUUUGGUCGUAGAUUUUGUCUAGGUUUUAUUUGUAGUUCGUUUGAAUACAGAGGAAACUGAUUUAUUUUUUGUUCAAUUUUGGAUUCUGGGUUUUGUUUCUCAAGUUUGCUGGAGAGAUAAAUGGCACAACGUUCUCGUGUACCCAAGUUUGGCACUUGGGAGAGUGAAGGGAAUGUUCCCUACACAGCUUAUUUCGAUAAGGCUCGUCAGGGUCGAAUUGGGGGAAUGAUUGUGAACCCAAAUGAUCCCCAGGAGAGUCCGGGAUUACAUCAAGAUUACGUUGCUCCAACUAGAGCUCCCUCGGCUUCACAACCGAAGCCAGAAUUGGACGACCGCAAACAACACGCAGACUCUCCGGCACGCAAUGAGAACGUCAACCGCAGGCCUUCCGGGGACUCUACACCGUCUCGUUAUGGUCGCGGAGCAAGUUCUGGUGAAGCCCCGAAACGAUCUACGAGAUCAAGUAUUGGAUCAGAAAACAGCAUAGAUAAAUCACCGGUUCAUCACCAGGCACGGGGAGCAGGAAGGGGUAGCAUGGCAUCACCCGGGAGAUCCAAAAUGAAGCCGAGUGCUAGAGGGAACGAAAGUCCUGAUAAAGGUGCUGCUGUUCCGAAAUUCGGUGACUGGGACGAGAAUAACCCGUCCUCCGCCGACGGUUACACUCACAUUUUUAAUCAGGUGCGAGAAGAGAGGAACAAUGGAGGCAAGGUAACACCGGGUGAGCGAUCUCCAUGCAACACUCCCCGUAAUCGGAAACCAACUAACAGCGGUGCGAGGGGUUGCUGCUGUCCAUUUUGGAGGAAAUGAGGCCUGCGAAUUUGCUCCUUUUGUUGUUCGUGUGGGAUACUGUAAAAUACAUGGAGGGUCGUUUGGAGGGGGAAUAUGGGAUUCC